AUGCAGUCUUCCGGAUCUGAGAAGGUCUGCAUGACACGCGUGGAUCAUGCAAUUGAAAAGGGGAUUAUUGAUAAUUCGACGCUCGGAUACUUUCUUGUGCGAAUUUAUUUGUUUCUUCUGAAAAUCGGACUUCACCCCGACAUCAUCAGAUUCCGUCAGCACCAGUCCAACGAAAUGGCCCAUUAUGCAUCUGACUGCUGGGAUGCUGAGCUGCUUACUUCGUAUGGCUGGAUCGAAUGUGUCGGAUGUGCUGAUCGCGCUGCGUUCGAUCUUACCGUUCAUUCUCUCAAGACAAAGGAGAAACUUGUCGUAAGAGAGCGUCUUUCUACUCCCGUUACCGAGCUACGUGUAGUUGCGGAGUUGGAUCGAAAGGCAAUUGGAAUUACAUUUAAAAAAGAUGCCAAGCUCAUUUGCGAUGCUAUCGCGCUCGCACAAGAGGAUCCCGUAUUAAUGGAGAAAAUUUUGCAAGAGUCUCUAGAUCGCAAUAAGGUGGCGGUUCCCCUUGCAGGAUGGAAUUCUGAACGCUCGUCCGCCUCUUGUCCAUCAGAUUUUGUUGAGGUUCCUUCUCAAAUGCUGGGUCUUCGAAAGGAGCUGACCACGACACAUGUUCGAGAAUACACGCCAGCUGUCAUCGAGCCGUCCUUUGGAAUUGGCAGGAUAAUCUAUGCGUUGUUGGAACAUUGCUACUGGGUUAGGGCUCAAGAUGAACAGCGAUCAGUUCUUUCUCUUGCCCCGCUUGUUGCGCCAACAAAGGUCCUCAUUGCUCCAUUGCUUUCUCAAAAGUCUUUCGAGGAUUUGGUCUCCAAUAUUGCUCUUCUUUUGAAAUCGAAGGGUAUUGCCACGCAAGCUGAUUGCUCCUCUGCUACCGUUGGAAAGAAAUAUGCCCGUGCUGACGAGUUGGGAACGCCGUUUGCAGUUACCAUUGAUCAUCAGACUGUUACGGAGGUUCAGGAAAAUAUCCCUGCAACGGUUACUGUUCGGGAGAGAGACUCGACCACUCAAAUCCGCGUUUUUAUUAAUGAUCUUCCAGAUCUAAUUGAGAAUCUUGUGCAAGGCAAGUUGCAUUGGAAUAAUCAGCUUCUUUCAAAAUACGAAGUCGUCCAGUGUUCCAAUUGCUGA